AUGAUCGUCACUCAGGCAAAACCGGGAUGGGUGCGCACCGAGCUCAAGAUCGGCACCGAGCACAUCAACAACCACAACACGAUCCACGGCGGUGUAAUCCUCUCGAUGGUUGACACGGUGACCUCGCUCGCUCUCCAGUCAAGGGGCAUUGUACCGCCUACCGGUGCCAGCGUGAACGCAUCGUGCGAGUUUGUGCGCCCCGGAGGCCAGGUCGGCGACACCAUCUUCGGCGAGGGCGAGGUCACGCAGCUCGGCAAGACGCUCGCAUACACACGCGUUAACUUCUACAAUGCGCAGGACAAGAUUGUCGCGUUUGGUUCGCAUACCAAGUUCAUGGGCAAGAACCAGCCGAGCGUGGGGUUCAGCCCCGACGGUGAGACCGAGGUACCUCUUGAAGGCAACUCGAAGCUGUGA